UCAUUUCGUGCGUCUGCGUCUCUUUUCGGAUGUUAUAUAGUGCAAAUACCUUGGCGGGAAUACGGGCACGUACACGGAUGUGUGUUUGUGAAAACGCUCAAACUGACGUCCCUCAAACUUGCAGCACUCUCCUCCAUUCAGUAAAGUGAGGGACUGAUGAAACUUUUCUUGAAUGAGCAUUCUGCCGCUGGCUGGCACAUCUGGACGCAGGCUGCUCGGAGCUGUCAUCCAGCCGCCAACUUUUAUCUGGAUUUUUCCCUGUGAUGGUUUAUUUUUUCUUCCUCUUCUGAAAAAUCCUCACGGAAUCUUUGCGUUUAACAAACUGUUGUAUAUUUAAUUAAAAACAAAGUUUUAAAAAAGGUACAAAAUGGAACGCGCAAUCCUCCGCACGGCGUGCGUCUUGGUGGUCAUCUGUGUCCUAGAAAAAAGGGUAGACUCUAAUGAAAUCUUGGGUCUGAAGCUCCCCAACAUCGAUCCCAUCCUGAACGCGAACACGGUGUGUCUGACACUGCCGGGGCUGACACGACGCCAACUGGAGGUGUGCAUGCGCAACCCAGACGUGACAGCAUCGGCUAUCCAGGGAAUCCAGAUUGGUAUUCAUGAGUGCCAGCACCAAUUCAGAGGUCAUCGGUGGAACUGCUCCAGCUUGGAAACUCGGAAUAAAAUACCCUACGACAGUGUGGUCUUUAAAAGAGGUUUUAGAGAGAGUGCCUUCGCCUAUGCUAUUGCAGCAGCAGGUGUUGUGCAUGCAGUGGCCAACGCCUGCUCUAUGGGCAAACUGAAGGUAUGUGGCUGUGACGAGAAGCGGCGUGGUGAUGAGGAGGCUUUUCGAAUCAAACUGCUCCGCUUGCAGCAGGAAGCCAUCCACCGUGGCAAGGGUAUGGUCCAUGGUGUAAUGGAGCACUAUCCCACUGAACUGCCAGGAAUCCAGGAUUCCUGGGAGUGGGGCGGCUGCAGCCCUGAUGUGGAAUAUGGAGAGAGGUUCUCACGGGACUUCCUGGAUGCUCGUGAGAAUUAUAAAGACAUCCACGCUCGCAUGAGGCUGCAUAAUAACAGAGUUGGAAGACAGGUGGUCAUUGAUCACAUGAGGAGGAAGUGCAAAUGCCACGGGACAUCAGGGAGCUGUCAGCUGAAGACCUGCUGGCAGGUCACGCCAGAAUUCCGAGCAGUUGGUGCAAUUCUUAAAGAUCGUUUCCACAUUGCCACACUCAUCAAGGCCCACAACCGAAACACUGGUCAGCUCGACCAUUCCCACCACAACCAUUAUCACCACCAUCGUCAUCAUCAUCACCACCAUCACCACCACCAUCACAACAACAACCACCACACACAUCGGCGGAGGCCAAGCAUAAAUGAGCUUAUCUACUUUGAAAAGUCGCCAGAUUUCUGUGAGCGGGACCUGGUCUCGGACUCAGCCGGCACGCAAGGCCGGAUCUGCAACAAGACUAGUCCCGGCAUGGACAACUGUGAGAGUCUGUGCUGCGGGAGAGGCCACAACAUCCUGCAACAGACACGGAGGGAACGCUGCAACUGCAAGUUUCACUGGUGUUGUUAUGUGGUCUGUGAGGAGUGCAGGAUAACAGAGUGGGUCAGUGUCUGUAAAUGAAGAAACGUACCCAGAUAUUGUGCACGAUAAGGAAAAAACAAUGCAGACACAUUUAAAUUGUGAUUAUUAUUUUGAAUGGGGGAUAUGACUGCAAUAUAUGUGCCCCAUUCUUUGUUUGCAUUGGAUUAUUUUAUUCCUUUGCAGAACAGAAGAAGACAUUGUGAAACUUUGAGGCCAGGUAGAUAUGCAUGUUGCUUGAUGCCUUCCUCUUGAGAAAAAUGACCACAACUGCACCAACUGAUUGUCCGAAAACUGAAAUAUUUAAAUGGACACCAAAUGGAUUCAAAUGGUUUCUGCUGAGUGACAAGCGACUGCAUGGAUGAAUGAAGAAGAAGGUGAGCGUAUGCAAGAGCUUGCAGGAACAUCAGAACAAUGCUUUAUAUCACUGUUGCAAGCCGGGAAAGGAAACGAUGAUGUUGUAUGCUUCUCUAACCCUUCCGUAACGAAACAAACAAAUUGCACAUUGCAGUCCCUCCGAUGAUGCAAUCAUGAUGCAGAACAUAAACACAGCGAUGUUCCACAUUACUCACUGUGUCUGCUUUCUGAUACAAGAGUCACCGUGCACUGCACAAGAUUUGUCACAGAACAACACACAAGGAUUUUUUUGUGAUGUUUACGAAGGGCAAGCUGCAACGGUUUGUUGUUUCUGCCAGUUAUCAUGUUACAGCUGGAAUAGAUGAAUGGAAAUCAAGGGAUCUUCCACAUGAACUGACACAAUUCUAUCAGUAUUAUCACUAUGCUGUGUGUUGUAAUAAUACAUAUAUGAACAGUGAACAGACACACCUGAUUUCAAAACAUUUUCUGACAUACCUGGUGAGUUUCAGCAUGAAAACCUCACUCAGAAUGAAGCAAAGCAACAGAGGCUUAAAGAAAGGGGUCAUAUUGUGCAAAAUAAUGUUGAGCUGUCUUUUACAUGCAUCCCCACAGUCCCAUGAGCAUACUUGUAGAAAUGAUAAAAAAAAGAGAUAAAAUAAAAUAAAACCAGACACUAUAUUUGGGCCAAAAUUUGAGGAUUCCUAAAACCUAUAUACAGCACUGUAUGUCCAUCCUAUGUCUGUGCUACGUUGUCUCUCAUUCUUUAGUGACACUUUCUCACUUUCUCUCUCACUUUCUCAGGUCUGAAGUGGUAAAUCAGAACUAUGAGGUGAUACAAAUAUGAGAUUAUGGGCCAUAAUAUGAGAUAAUAAUUAAUUAUAAUGGUGCUGUAUGUUAACUCAUGAUUAUGGGACAGUUAUUCAUAAUUAUGACACAAGGUUAUAUAUAAAUUAUUUAACAUUAUUUCACAAUUAUAACUUAGCAUCUCAAAUAUAUUACAUAGGAUCUCACAAACGUAUGUCUAGUGGCCACUAGACAUAGGCUUUGGAAACAAAACAAACUGACAAACAAUGUCAUUUCAAGUUUUUAAAACUACACAGGUGUUAAGAGAAACAGAGAGCAAGAGAAGCGCCUCCUUUGGCCACAUUAUGCGGACAUGCAGCCUUCUUAUUUGACUUUUACAACGUAACUGCAUGUUUGUUUUGUUCCCUCCCCCUGCCUUUUUCUGUGUAUGUCACUCUGAUAUGAGUGACCAUGUUUAAUAUGAGAGAUGCUCAUAAUGACUCCAGCCAAAAUAAGAAUGCACAAUUUUACAUGAGUUAUGCAGUAUAGUGAGUGAACAUUACUUACAUGAAUGUAGGUGUGCGUAGGUGUGUGGAAAAAUGGUGACUCUACGGGAUCCACACAAUAUGGUAGAUGCAAUUAGAUGUCUGAUAUCAUAAGUGAUUAAUAAUUGUGAGUUGCACCAGCACCAUGAUGUAACCACUAGUAAUGUGCAGAACCUAUGUGUCGGGUGGGAAUAGAUGAGCUUAGUCAGAAAAUAUUGCGGGUGCAGGUGGGACGGGUAAAAAGGGACAAAUUAGUAAGUAAUUAAUAAUAUACAGAUAUGCUAUAGGCUAUUUAAAUGGUGUAAAACAGGCUAAGAUCUGAUUACUUCCAUCUUCUCUUCCCAUCUUCCUCUCGCAAGUGUGUGAGAGCCAGAGGACGCGCUCUGGGCUGCUUGAUAUUGUCUGCAUUAAGUAGUGUAACCUACAUCUCACAAUCUCUCUGCACCCAAUCAUGAAGACACCCUUGUCUAUUGGAGGGAUUGCCAUUUUGAAUACCCUCUCCUCUCCAUGCUGGCUAAAGCAGAGCUGUGUAUCCAGUGCAUCCAGUGUGAGUGUUUACACUCCAUCACCGGUCGGGUCUGGUUGGGUCAUUAUUCAUAUGUUUUGCAGUGCAGAUUGGCUCCCUUGAAGGAUCGGGUGAGUGUAGGUGGUUAAGAAAACAAUCCCUGACCUGGGCAUCACUAGUAACCACUGAUAAACAACCAGAAAAGAGUUAUUUAUUUCUCUGACUUAGGACAUUUGUGUGUGGAAGCAUUCUCUCUCUCUCUCUCUCUCUCUCUCUCUCUCUCUCUCUCUCUCUCUCUCUCUCUCUCUCUCUCUCUCUCUCUCUCUCUCUCUCUCUCUCUCUCUCUCUCUCUCUCUCUCUCUCUCUCUCUCUCUCUCUCUCUCUCUCUCUCUCUCUCUCUCUCUCUCUCUCUCUUUCUCAUUGCCAGCUAUGCCAUUUCCUAAUGAGUCAUCAGCAUCCAUGAACCAUAUAGCAGGUGGCAGGAACAGCUAUGGGCUACCGCAUAUUUUCCCAAGAUGACGGCCAUCAGGUGUUGCAAAGACUUUGCAUCUGGCCCGUCUGUCUGUCUGUCUGUACUCAGCAUUAGUCCAGUCCUAUUCCUGCCAGGGUCUUCAAAUUCACAGGGAGCAUUCUUGGGACACAGACCUUGGACAAGUUCAAAGAUGGCUAACCUUGACCUAUUCUAAGAAGUCACAAGGUCUCAUUGUUUCUUCACACUCUUUCAUUGAUUACAUGCUCAUACAGCCGAGGGUACUUUGCAUUCUAUAUUUUUUGUUUGAUCUGGUCCAUUAAACUUCACCAGAUGUGAAAAUGUUUGUACUCAUUAUAUGCCCUUUUAAUUUGAUGAGUUGCAAGAUGAUAGUACGCAUAUAUUCAGUAUGAGUUAUUAUGUUAAGUCCAUUUUGGAGGGUACAUGAACUAUGACCUAAUUUUCAUCAAUAGGAGAAAGCACCUCUAAAGAAUAAGUGAAACAACUUAGUGAGAUUUUCUUUUCAUUUCAGUUGAGUGAAAUGGGCUUCAACAUGCAUCACAGCAGUGUAUGUUGUACUUUUGGCUGCACACUUAAUACCUGUUUUAAGACAGUAUCAGCUUGCUGUAAUGCUACAUAAUAUGACCCCUUCAAUAAUAAUAUUUUUUUUUUUAAAUGAACACAAAUCUGUUGCAGAAUGAGACAAAGUAAUAUAACUGUGUUAUGUAAGGUUGUAUUUGUGAAUCUCUUCCAAGUUUUUACAGUUGUUUUGAAGCAUUGUAUUACAAUCUGUGUAAGGCUUUCCAGGUUAGAUGUCUGUGUAAUGUGCUGUGUUACAUGAAAUUUCACCAGCAUAACUCUUAUCACAUUCUAUAGAAAUUCUGACCUAUAUUUUCCAAAUAUCCUCACAUUUCAUCUUCAGCUCAAAAUUGUACAUACAAGAAAAAAGAUGCUACACAAUAAAAUUUAAAUGCUUCAGGAAACUGAGUGCAUGUCAAGAGGUUUUAGUUCAUACACAUUAUAAACACAUGAAGCUGUCAUCAAUCCUAAUGUUUCCUGUAUUGUAAUAUAAUGUGCUGUGUGCAACACUGUGAGCUCUUUGUAAUAUAUCUGCACUCAUCUUAUUUAAAAUGCGCAUA